GGUGAUUUGAAUGAGUCAGCAAUUUUAUCCAACCGCGGAUUUUUUGAUGUGUCACGAUGCGCCUGCGAUAAAACCCCGCCAUUAGAAGUUCAAAUCGCGAGAAAACCUAUCAUCUUCCCACCACUUUGUUUGUCCUUCGACCAUUCUUAGCUAGAAAAUAUGGCAGCUGCCGCGGCUGCAGCUGCAGCGCUGGACGCCAGCAAUAGCGCCAAAAAUACAUUGAAGCUUGAGAAUACGGACAAAAGAGAUAGUCUUAUUGCGAUUGAAAAGAAAUAUCAGGCGCAAUGGAAGGCGAACAAGGUCUUCGAGGUCGAUGCUCCCUCUAUAUCGGAAAUUCCUCCCGGCUCAAUCUCCGCUGCCGACCUCCGGGAAAAAUUCCCAAAAUUCUUUGGCACCAUGGCAUACCCAUAUAUGAAUGGAACUUUACAUGCAGGCCACAGCUUUACUGCAAGUAAGGUAGAAUUCAUGGCAGGGACUGCUAGAAUGGAGGGAAAGCGAGCUCUGUUCCCUCUUGGUUUCCAUUGCACUGGAAUGCCUAUUAAGGCCUGUGCGGACAAGUUGGUAGACGACAUUAAAAAGUUCGGGAAACAUUUUGAGAGAUACACCGAUGAAGACGGGGAGGCGGACGAACCGCCCGCUCCUACUCAGGAAACCAAGGAGGACCUGACUAAGUUCUCUGGGAAGAAGAGCAAGGCCGCGGCCAAAACGGUGAAGAUGAAAUACCAGUUCCAAAUUAUGUUGGCUUUGGGUAUACCCCUUGAAGAAGUGCAUAAGUUUGCGGACCCCGCCCACUGGCUCGAGUUCUUCCCGCCCCUGUGUGUCCGAGACCUCGAUAGUAUCGGAGCUAGGAUCGAUUGGCGGAGACAGUUCGUGACCACGGAUGCCAAUCCUUAUUACGACGCGUUUACCCGCUGGCAGAUGAAUCGCCUCCACGAACAAGGAAAAAUCUUGUAUGGAAAUCGGUAUACUAUCUACUCGCCCAAGGACGGACAGCCGUGCAUGGAUCACGACCGGACUGAGGGAGAAGGCGUUGGUCCCCAAGAAUACACUGCUCUGAAGCUUAAAGUUAAGGAAUGGUCGCCGACUGCCCAAGAGCUUGUUAAGGGGAAAAUCGAGCCUGAUGCCAAUGUGUACUUUGUACCUGCUACCCUGCGCCCUGAAACAAUGUAUGGACAGACAUGCUGUUUCCUUGGGCCUAAAAUAUCUUAUGGGCUCUACAAGGUCAGCGAUAAGGAAUAUUACGUCGUUACUAAACGCGCAGCCUGGAACAUGGCAUUCCAAGGCACUUUCUUCGGCAGCGACAAUUUCCCACGGGACCAGAGUGAACUCGAACCAGUGGUGGAAGCCCCUGGCUCUACAUUUGUUGGCACGCUGGUCAAUGCACCUCUUUCCGUUCAUACAGCAGGGGUUAGAAUACUUCCUAUGGACGCUGUCUCCCCAACUAAGGGAACUGGCGUCGUAACGUCGGUGCCAUCAGACAGCCCAGACGACUAUGCGACCGUGGUCGAUCUCGCAAAGAAAGCAGAUUACUACGGCAUUAAGAAAGAAUGGGCUGAAUUGGAAAUCCUUCCCAUAAUUGAAACCCCUACAUACGGAAACCUUACGGCACCAACUUUGGUAACACAACUCAAGAUCAACUCGCCAAAGGAUGCCGUUCAGCUCGCCAAGGCAAAGGAGCUGGCGUACUCGGAAGGGUUUUAUAAGGGUACCAUGCUCCAUGGAGAGUUUAAAGGCCAGCCGGUUCAGGAAGCCAAAGAAAAAGUCCGCGAGUCUCUCAUCAAGAGUGGUGAUGCGUUCCCGUUUGCAGACCCUGCUGGUAAGGUUGUCAGUAGAAGCAGUGACGAAUGUGUUGUUGCAUAUCUUGGUCAAUGGUUCUUAAAUUAUGGCGAAAACGACCCACAGUGGCAGAAAGAUACUCUCGACUAUGUAAAAGGGCCACUCAACACUUAUUCUGAGGAAGCUCGCCAUGGCUUUGAGAAGAAUCUUGAGUGGCUCAACCGAUGGGCAUGCGCCAGAACCUACGGCUUGGGCUCUAGACUGCCAUGGGAUCCUCAUUUCCUUGUCGAAAGUUUGAGUGACAGUACAGUUUACCAAGCAUACUAUACCAUUGCACACCUUCUUCACUCUGAUAGAUAUGGAAAGGAACCGGGCAGCCUCGGCAUCAAGCCCGAGCAAAUGACGGACGAGGUUUGGGAUUAUAUCUUCACCAGGAGAGACCUUGGCGACGAUUUAAUUCAAUCAACCGGUAUUAGCAAGGAGGCUCUCCUCACAAUGAGACGAGAGUUUGAGUACUGGUACCCCCUGGAUGUUCGAGUUUCAGGAAAAGAUCUUAUUCAGAACCAUCUCACGUUCUGCCUAUAUAUCCACGCCGCACUUUUCCCUCGGGAAUACUGGCCACGCUCCAUCAGAGUCAAUGGCCAUUUGCUACUGAACGGCGAGAAGAUGAGCAAGAGUACAGGAAAUUUCUUGACAUUGAAAGACGCAGUGGACAAAUAUGGCGCGGAUGCCACGCGAAUCGCCUUUGCUGAUGCGGGUGACGCAAUUGAGGAUGCAAACUUUGAUGAAUCAGUCGCCAACAGCAAUAUCUUGCGUCUAUUUACACUGAAGGAGUGGAUCGAGGAGGUUGCGAAAGACAACUCUCUCCGCACUGGCCCUGCCGAUGCUUUCUUCGAUAAACUAUUCGACAAUGAACUGAAUGUUUUGGCUCGUGAGGCAAGGAAGCAUUAUGUUGAUACCAAUUUCAAACUUGCUCUGAAGAGGGCGCUCUACGACUUUACCAGUGCAAGAGACUUCUACCGCGAAUCAACCACCGCUGCCGGCAUUGGUAUGCAUCGCGAUAUAAUCCUUCGAUACAUUGAACUGCAGGCUCUCCUUUUGACUCCGAUUACUCCUCACUGGUCUGAAUACGUGUGGCUGGAGGUCCUCAAGAAGCCGGAUACCAUCCAAAAAGCCCUCUUCCCUGAGGUCCCAGAGCCAUCCCCCGUCCUCUCCUCUGCUCUAGUCUACGUCCGCACCACCGCCUCGAACAUCACAUCCUCAGAAGCCACCUUUGCUCGCAAACUCUCUAAGGGCAAAACCGUCAGUUUCGACCCUCGCAAACCAAAGAAGUUGACCAUCUUCGCCGCCAAGAAAUUCCCCAGCUGGCAGGAGAAGUAUAUUGAUUUGGUCCGCGAGGCCUUCGACGCUGUCUCCCUCUCCAUCAACGAUAAAGAGCUAAAUGGCAAAGUAAGCAAACUUGGCGAGAUGAAGAAGGCCAUGCCGUUUGUCCAGGGAUUGAAGAAGAGAUUGAUCACGGCAAAGGAGCAGCCGGAGACCGUCUUUAACCGAGAACUGGGCUUCGAUGAGCUACAGGUUCUUGGCGAUAUGGUUGCGGGUCUGAUCAGAACGACUGGAUGUAAGGUUGUGGAGGUCAUUGCCGUUGAGGAGGGCGGUAAGGCGGGUACUACCCUGGAUGGCGAGCGGAGGGAAGGGCUACCAAUCAUUGCGGAGAAUGCGGUUCCCGGGCAACCUACGUUCCAUUUCGAGAAUAUCCCUGAAGUUGAUGGGUCGUGAUCUGCGUUGUUAUGAUUUAUUUCCUUUCCUUCUUUCUUGAAACUGUUUCCAUGUUAUUUUCGGUCUUUUAGGGCAUCAUGCCGUGCAUUAUUCAUUGCCCAUUAUUAUUCUCUGCGCAUCCAUAGUAAGGGAAUAGGGAGAAAAAGAAAAGGUACUAGAGGUCUAGAGCGGUUAAUAUUUACCGUCAGGGGCAUAGCCUAAAACCGAUAAACCUCGAUAGAUAUUUGACAUAAAUCUCAUGCCUUACUUACGUUUUCGGGUCAUUUGGUUAUAUAUUGUAUUUGUAUUUAGAUUCAUUUAUCUAUGCAUUUGACUCUAUCCGGGAAACGAAUGUAUGACGCUGUGCCCAACCGGGAUCGCAAUGCUAUCUAUAAUAAAAGCCCGACCAAACGUAAGUUGAAAAAAUCUUUCUACUCGUCAUAUCAUACAGUUUGUUCUUAUAUAUAUUACAUGUUGAUAAAACGAAACCGGACAAAUCGGCCGAGGGGGUUUGAAUGAGAUCUAAAUAAUACAACUUUCUCAAAAAUCCAUCAUAUUGAUGGCACACAUAGCAUGUAAUAUCAGCCCAAAUCUAGCUGCCUCCUUUGGCCCUCCUUACACUUCUCAUCGGCCUCUUCGCCCGUUUCCUCGCAGCGUUCUGGUGCUUCUCAAGCAAAAACGAAUAUGCGCACAUCGGCUUCCGACUCGCAACAAACUUCCCUGUAGGGGUAAACACCUCGACCUUGGGCAUAACCCCGGCCUCUAGAUCCUUGGUGCGCACCUGCACAGCGAGUUCUACCCAUCCACACCCUUCGAUCACAAUAUCCGUCGACAGGACUCGAUACGGCAGCGUGCUCAGCCUCUUCUUCUGUUUCCUGUCCAGCGGCAAUGAGGUCGGCUUGCCGUACGUCUUGGUAACGUCCCCGUCAAUCUCAAAUACACCGGCGAAUUGUAUCGACUCAGCGAUACCUUCCUUUGUAAUUCUGGGUACGUUGGACAUCUCGCGCUGCUCUGCCUGCAUGAGAAUAGCCUUCUCCGUCGAGGUUACGUGUGGCUGUAUGGGGACGAAUGGGGCGGCGAGGACGACUAUAUUGUCUGCGUCAACUGGUGUGAUGCGGAUGAGUCCCCCGCCGAGGACGAGGGAUUGUUUGGGCCUGAUCGUCAGCCGUUCAGGCUUUAAGCGUUUCUUCAUGAUUAAGUCUGCUUUGUGGUCGUCUUUAAC